AUGGCAUCGACACCAUCCAGCAACCCAGCAGACAGGAGAGCGGCAGCAUUAGCAGCCAUCGAAGCGAGACUCCGACCACCUCCAUCAUAUGAGGAGAUUCGACCUGAAUCAUCAACAUCGUCCUCCUCACCUAUUGCUCCUUCAGCAGUACCUCCACCACCUCCACCACCACCACCUGCAUCAACUACUAUUCAUGAUGCUCCACCAAUAUCUCCACCACUUCGCCAGAACCCAGCCGCUCAAGCUGCCCAAGCUAGAGCAGCAGCAGCAGCAGCAGCAGAGUCAGCUUCAUGCCAGAAUACCGAAACGCAUUGGGUACCCACCGAAAAGGAAGAUAGGGAUACGAGGAUCAAGUUCUCGAGACUGCUUGAUAGAGGUAUAGUUAGGGAUAAUAACUAUAAAGAUAGUGCGGAUGCUGUAGAGACUCUACUCAAGGUAGCGACAAACAUUAUCAAUUCUAACGAUCCGAAAUACCGUACGAUCAAAGCUAGCAAUUCCACGAUCAAGAACAAAGUCUUAGACGUAAAAGGGGGUCAUGAUUAUUUGAUUGCUUUGGGAUUCCGUACACAAACGGUACAAUUCACAUUGAACUAUGUCUUCUCAGCUACGAUCAAGAAGAUGCAUGAAUUGAAGAUUGGCGCCGAAGUACUGAGUGAUCAUCUCAAAGCACUCCAAGAGCGAGUCGAGUUAUCCCGUCAAUCGAAGGUAUACGGUGCCUCGGUAGAAGCGGCUCGUAAGAAAGCUGCUCUAGCGGAUAUCGAAGCUGAUCGAGAGGCCGUGCGUGCCAGAGCGGCAAGGGAGAGGAUCGUGAGAGAAGCGCGUGAAGCCAGAGAGAGGGAAGAGAGGGAAAGGCAGGCUCAGAGCGAAGCUGAGAUGAUGGUCGAUAGAGAUGAUGAGGAAAGAAGAGAGAUGACAGAUGCUGUUGUCCGACCAUCAUCAGAUCGAGAUGAGAAUGAGGAAGACGAAGACGAAGAUGAAGGGGAUGAAGGGGAUGGGGAAUUGCCGAGUUAUGCGGAAGAUAGAGAGAGUAGAGGAUGGGGUGGUCCUGGACGUAGAUUGGGUGGAUAA